AUGACCGCCGAUAUCACCCGCGAUUAUCAACUGGCCCAAAUGCUCUUGGGCGCCGAUGCCGUCCCUGAGCGUCUGGAAUCCUAUGCCACCAAGCGACUUCGCCCCACCGCCGUCGUGAGCCAAUAUUCCAACAUUUUUGAGUUCCGAACCAACGAUUUCUCCAACGAUUGGCUCGAUAUGGGAAAUGCAACGGUGACUCUGACAAUCAGUAUGGUGUCCGCCAACGCGAAUACUGCCGUGCUCACCAAGAAUGGCGCGUAUAGUGCGAUUGAACGAACUAUCGUCAAGUUGGGCAACGACAAGACCGUAUAUGAAGAUAACUGGGGUCCUCUGCACCGACACCUGAAGAAUGUGAUGACGAUGAGUAAGGAUUAUGCCCGUAAUUACGGCAGUUCCUCCGGUUAUGCACUGGACACCAGUAUUCUUCCGCAAAUCACUGAUCAACCGGUUAUCGGAAACGAAAAUCUGGGAGCCAUCUCUCGAUUCAACAUUCAAGCCGUGAGCGGUUCUGUCAAUGCCGGCGUCCGCACCACCACUGUGGAUGGUGCUCCGCCGGUUUCGCCAGCAUCUCCGACCGCCUAUGUGAGCGAGAUCUAUAUGGACAUUCCCCGCGAAGAUUAA